AUGGCCUGGCAAGGCCCCGCCAUUAUGAUAUACAAUAAUGCAAUUUUCAAGACGAACGAUUUUGAUUCGCUUAUGCAGAUACGUGUUGGUGGGAAACAAGGCGAUGAUACAAUGAUUGGGAAACAUGAGUUAGGUUUAAACCCGUGUUACCACUUUACCGAUGUUCCGAGUUUUAUAAGCGAUUCUAUUGCGUUCUUGGAUCCUCAUGAGAAGUUCUUGACAAGAAGACAUGGCAUCGAAGGCAUCGAUUUCCGUUCGACUUUUCGAGGAACACUAUUUCGAAUACCACUUCAGAAACAACCAAGUGAUAUAUCCGACAGUAUUUUUGCCACAGAUCAAACUCUCGAAUUGUUCACGAAGAAUAUAUCGGGAUUGACUGAAAAUGACUAUUGGAUUAUUGUCACCGGUGCUCAUUCAAAUCCUGAAGAUCAUCAGUUGAAAAAAUAUGUAAAACGAUAUCGAUUACGCGUAUUAGGAGGAAUUGCUGCAUUAUAUAAAAUUUCGAAAGAUGAUAAUAACCGGCGCGACUUUGUAUUCGAAAAUGUUGCUGAAUUACAUAGCAGUUAUGGUUCAGAUCGUAGAAAGUUAUUAAUGGAAAGAGAUUAUUCGUCGGAUAUAGAUCGUCAGAAGCUCAAUUGGAACAGGCAUAUUCUGCUUGAUUUUCUUCCUAAUCUUUUUAAUCUUAUAACAAAAGUUGUUGAAUUGAAUUAUUCAAAGUACGCAAUUGAAUACGGUUUCAAAGUACUCGAACAUUUAUUACAAAACGAUGAAAUAUUGAUUAAUGGGUUCCGAUUAGAUCCAAGUUUCAAGUCACUGCUCCGUUCUCUUCCUAUUUGGUCGACGAUUUCUCAUCCGGAACGCUCCAUUUCUGAUAGCUAUAAUCCGUUAGAUGAAGAUCCAAAGAAACUUUUAAAACCAGCUUCAUGCGGAUAUAUUUUGACAAAUUCCUUUCACCAACAUCGAAUAAAGACUCGUUCAAUUUUUUUGGAUGCAAGUAACAAUAAUAGUCGUCAAAUUUUAACCGAUCUUAAUGUUCCCACGCGAGAUAUCUACGUGUAUACCUUUGAGGAUGUCGAAUUUCCUAAGAAAUAUGAUAGCUGUUAUCUCGAUUUCCUAAAAGACAUACUUAAAGAUAUUCAAAUUAUUCAAGGAGUUUCUAGUGCCUUUCUUCAUCCCGACUUUUCCAAAUAUACAGAGAAUUUAUCGAAAAUUGGAUUAAAAAUAGCAUCGAUCAAGAGAUAUUUAAAAACAUUGAAGGAAUUUCAUUCGUCCCGAUUACCAAAAGUUUGGGGCAAUCUUACAACUUACACUAUAAACACUCAAUCUUUAGAUUGCUUGAAUAACAUUAUUCUUCCCGCAUAUAGAGAAGUCGCGUGGAGUCAAAUGCCAUUGAUCGCGGAAGAUGUAAUACCAUCUCAACAAGUACUCGAAAAAUAUCCGUCAUUUGGUAAACCGGAUGUUUCUACUGUAGUAAGACAUCUCCGUUUUUUGUAUUCAAUACUUCGGUACGAUGAAGUAUGGAAGAAGGAUUGGACUGAUGCAUUUAAAAACAACAUCUAUGAGGUUUAUAAAUGGCUGAAUGAAGAAUGUAGUUCAAAUGUAGAUCGUGACUUAUCAGAACAUAUUUGUUUCGAACCAUUAUUCCUAAAUUUCCGUAGAAAUAAACAUCCAUUUAACCUUGAAAAUUGGGUUUCUGCGGAUGAUUUGGUAUUGAAUAGCGAAUUUGGCGAUGCGAAGAAUGUUUAUCCAGAUCUUGCUAAAUAUUCUACCAUGCUCAAAAGUGCCGGUGCUCGGGAAAUAAAACGACUAAAUGUUAAAAUUAAAAAUAUUGAUGACGCAAUUCAAAAAUUGAAUGAUAAUUAUCAAGAUUCAAAAUUGUCAUUGUAUAAAGACCUACUUGAGAUAUCAAGUGAUUACAAGUUAGACUAUUUGAAAGAGCUUAUGGAAUUGAGGCUCUCGCGAAUAGUUCACAUGUCAAACGUAGGAGAAAUGAAAACAUUUGCGGAAAUUUCAAGUGCCAGUCAACUUUAUGAGUAUUGCUAUCAAUUUAUUCGCGAUAAUAGUGAGUUGUAA